ACAUUCAGCUCCAACAUUAUAGUGGGUUAAAUAUGUCAUAUUUCUUCUUGACUUAAUGUCGUGGUAGGAGCCUGUGGAUGUGUUGUCGUCUGGACGGGUGGUGGACGGGUCCAGGUAAACCUUCUCCUGCUCCUUCUUGAGGCUACACGCCAGAUAAAAAGAAUAACGAUGCCGAUCAACACAUCAGAGGUGCUGUCUCUGGUAACACAAGUAUGUGAGGAGGAAAAGUUGCGUGUGGCCAUGAAGGAGAGCAUCAAGGGAGGAUUCUUGGCAGGAGGGAGCACAAUGAUCGGUGGUCUGCUUGGUGGCCCCCUUGGUCUAGCUAUAGGUGGAACGAUUGGAGGGCUGACUGCUGCGUAUUUAUCACAAGGCAAAUUCAAAAGUGUAGCUGCCAUCAUUCAAAAUGACCUAACUCCAGGACAAAAGGAACGCUUGGCUAAUUCCGUUAGGAUAAUACUGAGUGAUAUACACCCAUCGGAUGCUCUGGUGCUCAGUACGUUCCUCCUUCAGCCUGCUCUGAAGGAGAUGAUUAUUCAUGAAGUGAUCAGCUUUUUCCAGUCUCAGCUACAUUUACAAAUAAUAGACUGAGAAAUUGCUUAAAAUUUGUAUAGAUUAGUUGUAAAUUUUAUUGAUAAUUAUUGUCAUUAGGUUAUAAUUGUGAGUGGUGUAUUUAAUUAGUUGACUUGGUAUGUCACAUGCAGGAUUAUAUAGGUGUGUUUAUAUUGAUUUAUAAAGAGUUGUUAAGUAUUAUUUAGCAUUUACACUUUGAGUCGAUGGUGUUCCUUGUAUUGAUGGGCUUGUUCAGUGAAUGGGAAAAAAUAAAGGUAAAUUUAUUAGUACAGUAUGUUGAAUUAGAUGCGCAGAUGCACUCGAAACAUUUUUUCCCACUCGCCAUACAUAGGGUGUAUGGCGUUUUCUGGAUGGUAAAGCAAAUUUGUUAUAAUCAGAUUUAAGUAAUGUCACAAGGCUUAGCAAGAUAUGGUUCCCCGUUGUCUGGGUCAAAGGGCCUGGUAGACUUGGUGGCCCCCCCCCCCCUCCCCACCUUGGGCCAAAUCUUAAUGACCUUCCCCAGGAUGCAACACGCAAUUGUUACCUAAUUUCUGGGUAUCUAUUAUUGCUAGGUGAAAGGAAACUUGUCCAACUGUCUCGCCCAGAAUCCUCAGUUGACUCGAGGAUAUAGGGCACUGCACUUCAGGAGUUAUGCGGUAAAGGUUUUAAGACAAUAUAGUAGUGCUUGAUGUACAUACAGUAUAUUGUACUUUUCUAGUACAUCAAGAAAAAUUACAUCUCAUGUUUAAAAAUAUAAGUGUUCUAAAUUAGGCAGUGUAAUGUCUUAUUGUCUUUUUGUAAUCAUUACAUUCUAAUCUGGAAGCUGCCCCUCUCUGGAAAGGCCUGUUUUUUUACGAAUUGUUCCAUGUGCCAACCAUCAUACUUUCUAAUUGUUUGGUAUGUAGAGAGCUUAUAAGCCUCAUUGAAAAAUAAAUUCCCCCAAACCACGGCCACCUGAAGAUAACAUUUAACUUCUUUGGUAUUACUUAGCCUCUCCCUGCAUGAACACCUAGGUGAUGUACGAUACUCAAACCGCACAUUAGAAAAUGAAGAAAUGACAUUUCAGUUUGGACCAUUAUCAAGUUGUGUAAUGGAAAAAAAAAGAGAUGAACACUAUGAGAGAAAAGAGAGAGGUGGAAGGUGGGAUGAAUGAGAGAUGAAGAUAAGAAUAUGAUGAAAGGAGAGAUAAGAAUAGAGAGUAUUGGGUAAAGUGAAGGAAGGUUUAGGAGUACGGUAAAGAAGAAGAAAAAUGGGAAAAAAAGGUAUAAGAAAGUUAGAAAAAUUAAAAAGGUAAAAAUAAAAGAAAAGAAAAUGGCAAGAAGCCUAAUGAUAAUGAGGAAGAAAAUCUAGUAACAAAAGAGACAGACAGGAAAGAGCCUAGAGAGGGAAAAGCCAAGCCAGAUCACAUUUGUUAAGUUAGAGCACGUAUGUACUGUGAAAGAGAAGAGUCAACUGCAACAAAACCAUGACUAAGGUUCAUGUUGGGCAUGUUUUAUAUGAGCCGAUUCGACAAGACGACAUCUCUGGAGAGUAGGGGCUGAGAAUAUUAGUCUUCUAAAAUAAUCUCUCGGAUGAUAAGUCCCUCUAACAUGACAAAAGCGAGCAUUGCUUGUCUGCAGACUUAACACUUCUUUUGUGUUCCUGAAGUUGUCAUUCAGUGUAUGGCCUGUUUCACCAAAGUAUUAGAGAGGACAAAACGAAAGAAAGUUAUACUGUAUUAACUUGAGAACAGGCACAGUUGAUAAACUGUAAGGGGUAACAAAGGCAAGAGAAAGACUUGUAAAUAAUAGAAAUUAAAAAAUUGAGAAACUGAGGGUCAGUGUACAGCCCGGAGGAGAGAAACCAGACACUAAAGCUGUAAAUACUCAAGUGCUUUAACUUUCUUAACAUGAUUUGAUCUGGAUUUGCCCUCUCUUGGCCCCUCUUUCUUGUCUGUCUCUUUCAUUGGUAGAAACAGAUAGGACAUGCUUUCUCUUUGCCAUCUGGCCAUUUUCUUUUUUUUUUUACCUUUGUUUUUCUAACUUUCUUACUUACACCCUUUUUUCCUAUUCUUCUGCUUCCUUAUGUUGCUCUUAAACCUUCCCUUACUUUACCUGAAUCUCUCUCUUCUACCUUUUCUCUUAUUCUUUCAACUUAUUCUUACCUUUCCUCUUAUUCUUGUUGUCAUCUUUCUCCGUCAUUCAUCUCACCUUUCAUCUCUCUCUUUACUUAUAUUGAUCAUCUCUUCCACUCUCUUUCUAUUGCACAAUUUGAUAAUGGUCCAGGAUGGACCAAAUGUUAUUUCUUCAUUUUCUGAUGUGAGGUUUGGAUAUCAUAAAUCUUUAGCCACGUUAUUGUGACUCAUUGUCAGCACUGUACUGUAUAUCGUUUCCUAUUGUCAUGGAGACAAAAAGCAUGUCAGGCUGUACAAUAGUAUCGCAAAAAUGUGAUGUAUCUACGAAAUCAUGUGGAUUGAACUCGUGCCUGGACUUCCCAGACCAAGGUACUGGUAUUACCAACGUAUCUCCACCUGAAGUACUACUCGACUUACCUGGAGUUUAGAAAGCACCAUCUGAUACAACACAACAAGUUUUACAAUAUUCCUGCCCCCCACAUAGGUGUCAGUAGUUACACUCCUCGUCUCUUGCCCCUCAUCAGUGUUACCCACCCACACUCAGGUGUCGUUAGAGAUGUUUCCCUUCUCCCGGUCCCCCUGCGGUGCACAGUGAAAUCAAAUGACUAAUAUAUCUGUGAAAAAAUAUUCAAGCUAUGCGUUAGGAUCGAACUAAGUCCCCCUUAGGUUGAUGACUGACCUUCCCAUCCCUGUGGAAGCCACAGGAUAGUGGCUCCUCGGGUAAAUUCAGUUAGUGUUGUAAUCACAGUAAGGUAAACACUAUUCGGGUAAAUAGUGUUGUAUCACAGUAAGAUGAACUCAUUUUAAAAUCAGCAGGAGGACAUGCUAUAUGUGAAUAUGGUGAAUAUGUUUAUAUAGAUUGUUGUGGCUAGGGAGAAGGAAAGAGGAGGAUAAGGUUCUCAUGAUGAUGCGUGUUUAUCAUGCUGUAAUAUUGGCCACCAGCUGCAGUAUUAGAACCGUGGCACUAUCUUUAUACAAAAUUCACAUGCAACAUGAACAGAGAGGCCCAGUUUUUCCAUUGAAACAUAAGUUGGAAUGAACAGUAAUAAGCUCUGCUGACCAACACCUGUGACUUUUUAUAGCUCAAGGUGUUACCUGAAUACACUAUGGAAAACAUUGUAUCAUACAAAUUUUCAGUCUUCAGUAACACUGUAUGAAGUUCCUAUAUAAACAUUUGAAAGCUA